CACAACAGCUAAAAACGCGUUCCAAUGCGUCAGAUCCGGUCUGUGUCGUCUUUGGGCCUCCGCGCGCAUGUGUAGUUCUCUUUACGACUCGACUGGCGAAGAUGGCGGACGCUCAGAACGAGAGGGCUUAUCAGAAGCAGCCCACCAUCUUCCAGAACAAGAAGCGUGUUCUGGUUGCAGAUGGCAAAGACACUGCCAAGGAGAAACUACCACGCUAUCACAGAAAUGUUGGCUUGGGCUUCAAGACCCCCAGAGAGGCUGUUGAAGGCACUUACAUUGACAAGAAAUGCCCCUUCACCGGAAAUGUUUCCAUCCGUGGUCGUAUUCUCUCAGGUGUUGUGACCAAGAUGAAGAUGCAGAGGACCAUUGUCAUCCGACGGGACUACCUGCACUACAUCCGCAAGUACAACAGGUUUGAGAAGAGGCACAAGAACAUGUCUGUCCAUCUUUCCCCUUGCUUUAGGGAUGUUACUGUGGGGGACAUUGUCACAGUUGGAGAGUGCCGACCCCUCAGCAAAACCGUAAGGUUCAAUGUCCUCAAAGUCACCAAGGCAGCUGGCGCCAAGAAACAGUUCCAGAAGUUUUAAGACAUUAGGGAUAUUACUGUGGGGGACAUCGCAGUUGGAGAGUGCAACUGAGUUUAAUGUCCUUCACCAAAGCAGCCGGCACCAAGAAACAGUUCCAGAAGUUUUAAGACAUUGUCAAAGGACCUGUUUAUUUGAACCCGAAAAUGUGCUACAUUAUGAGGGAGAAAUAAAACAUCUGUUGUCUACAAA